UUCAAUUGUCUCCGCAUUAUGAAAUUGAACUGAAAAAGCAGAUAUUUAAAUUUAAUGAAUUAGAACUUGAUUUCAGACAACUUUAGAGAAAAAAUGGGAUAACAGAUAAUAUUGUGAUGGAAUGCAGAUAACUUAGAAGAUGAGUGGACUUGAUCAUUGUUAUCCAACCCUUCCCAUCCCCAUAGUUCGAAAACAUUCUGGUUCCCCCCACAACAUAGAUUCAUCCUCACCAUGCCAGUCUAACAUAUUCAACUAUGAAACCCUGGAUCACCUAGAUACAGGAUGUACGCCUGAAACCCUGAAUGUAUCUGUUGGAUCUACAGAUACUAACUCAGGACAUCUGGAUAUAUCUGGAGGGUUCUCUCUCUCCAGCUCUCUCAACUCAAGGAACUCAUUCCUCUUUGAAGAUUUCUCCGAGGAACAUCAUGAUGAGAUAUCCUUCCCACCUUUCCAAGAUACCCGAGCAUUAAUAGUUCGUGAAGUUUAUCAAGUUGAGAAAUCUUAUGUGGAGUCUCUGCAGUUCCUCUUGUUUGUGAGUAAAAUUAAAGAUUUUUAA